AUGAUUGCAGGCAUUGGCAUGUCCCUGGCGCCGCUGCUCUCGGGCCUGAUUAUCGAUCGAUCCGGUUUCCGCGGCUUCUUUAUCUCGAUGACGGCGCUGGUGUGUAUCCGCGCGGUCCUGCUGCUCUGCAUCAACAUCAUCCUCUGGCGUAAGAAAAUUCAGCGCAACCAGUUAGCGGCAAAGGCUGCUAAGGAGGCCACAGAAACGACUCCUGUUCAGACGACAGUAAUAACGGCAGCAGAGGGUGGUGAGCGUCGGCCUCGUGAUGGGAAUUAA